AUGGAAAAACUCUACAAGGAAAAUGAAGGAACGCUGGAAAUCGAGGGAAAGCCAGAAGAUGAAGUAGAUAUAGAAGAUGAGGGAAAGUCAAAUGAGGAAGAAAAGCCAGAAGUGGAGGGGAAGCCAGAGCACGAGGAAAAGCUCCAAGACCAAGGACAGCUAGAUGACGCGGGGAAACAAGAAAAGCAGAGCAAGUCCCAAGGUGAGGGGAAAGCACGCAGUGAGGGCAAGCCAGGACCCCAGGCCAAGCCAGAGAGCCAGCUGCGAGCUGCCGAAAAACGCCCAGCUGAAGAGUAUGUGCCCCGGAAAGCUAAGCAAAAAACGGACAGGUGGACGGAUGAUUCCCUCAAGGACUAUCAGGAGGACUUACAGAAAAGGCAUUUGGGCAUUGAGGAGAGGAUGAGAGAAUGUGGAGAUGUGUCAAGGGCUCAGGAAGAGCUAAGGAAAAGACAG